UAUGCUAACGAGUUAAGGAGCGCCCGUCAAUCAUGUCACCGUUGUCAUGGACACCCCGGGCCAGGGUUCGAAAGCAGGCUGGUUAAUCCCUCCCCCAGCUCUGUGCUCAAUAUUUAUAACAAGGCAGACAGAAGGAAGAGUUCUAGCAGUUCAACUUCGCCACCACCAAAAAAAUACUUUUUUUUAUUUUUUUCUCCUCCCUAUCUAUACAUUCGGACCUCACGUUUCUUUUUGCUGGGGGAAAAAAGGCAGCUGUGUGACUCCUCCAGCCUUCACGCCAGCAGGAUCUCGGUUGUAGAAACUUCUGCGUGAAGAUGUCUGCAGCACUACUAUCUGCCUUCUACGAUAUCAACGAUUUCUUGUGCAACAAGAACGAAAAGUCGCUGAAUAACUACAACAACUUCAAUAGCAUGCUGGAUAAAAAGGCUGUGGGGACCCCUGUAACAAGUUUUGCACCGGGAUUUUUAAGACGGCAUUCGACCAACAACUUGCAAGCGCUGACCAACAGCUCGUCCAGCAAGUAUCCCAGCACAUCUUUCCCCAACAUCAAGGAAUCGAACCAAACGGCCAUGCUGAACAAAGAGAAUAAGUUCCGCGAUCGCUCGUUCAGCGAGAGCGCCGAGAGGCUUCACCAGCAGCAACAUGCGCCGCUCAGCCCUCUGCAUCUCGUCCAGCAGCAAAAGCAACCGGGCGGGGGGCAGGUGAACUCCACCCGCUACAAGACCGAGUUGUGCCGGCCUUUCGAGGAGAGCGGCACCUGCAAGUACGGCGACAAGUGUCAGUUCGCGCACGGCAUGCACGAACUGCGGAGCCUGACCCGCCACCCCAAGUACAAGACGGAGUUGUGCCGCACAUUCCACACCAUCGGCUUCUGCCCCUACGGCCCCCGCUGCCACUUCAUUCACAACGCCGAGGAGAGGAGGCAAGCGCCGAGCAAUAACAACGGCAUCAACUCUUUCCACCACCACCACCACCAGCAGCGACCCAAGUUGCAUCACAGCCUCAGCUUCUCCGGCUUCCCCAGCGCCUCCAGCGGACUCGAGUCUCCGCUGCUGGAGAGCCCGACAUCCCGAACGCCCCCGCCGCCCUGCUCCUCCUCCUCCUCCUCUGCCGCCUCCUCCUCCUUCGUCUUCUGCGACGAGCUGAUGUCGCCCACACUGCCGAGCUGCGCCAACAAUGCCUUUACUUUCUCCAGCCAGGAGCUGAGUAACCUGCUCACCCCGCUGGCCAUCCAGACCCAGCAGCUGGCUGGCAGCGGUGGUGGAGGUGCAGGCACCGGGGGAUACGGCCAGCAACAACCCGCCGGCGGCUGCCCGCCCUCUCCCCCUUACCUCCUCAGCCAGAUGCAGUCGUGCCUGCGGAGGCUGGCCGAUUCCCCGGUCUUUGACGCCCCGCCGAGCCCCCCGGAUUCCCUCUCCGACCGGGAGAGCUACCUGAGCGGUUCGCUGAGCUCCGGCAGCCUGAGCGGCUCCGAGUCCCCCAGCAUGGACCCGGGCAGACGCCUUCCCAUUUUCAGCAGGCUCUCAAUUUCCGAAGAUUAAAAGCAACAAACGAAAAAUAAGUAAUAAAACAACAAAAAUAAAAAUCCAAGAACUGCUUUAUUUAACAACUUAUUUACGAAAUUGCAAAACAAAAAAAUCCUGCCAAGAAAAUGCCUUCGUUUAAGGAAACAAAAUAUUACAGGACUUGCUUUUUUUCUUUUGCCUUGUUUUAAGAGAAAAAAACGAACUUCAUUCCAAACUUUGUUGCAAGUUAAUCUAUUUUCCAUUGCCACCUAGUGGCCCGUUUGGCUUUAGAGAGGAGAAACGUGUUGCAGAUUUUUUUGUGAGGCACUCGUUCGUUGAGUUAGUUGUAAUUGUUGAAAUAACUGCUGAUUGUUAAAUUUUUUUUAGCUGUUGAGUUGAUGUGAUAGCACAUCGCAAGACAACUCGCUAUAAAAACUAUUUAACUUAUUUAUUAUCUCGAGAAAGUAUACAUUGGUAAUUUGUUCAUACUGUAUUUAUCGCGUAUGAUGAGAACAAUAGAUAUAUAUUCUUUUAUUAUGUUUAAAUUAUGAUUGCCAUUAUUAAUCUGCAGAAUGUGGAGUGUGUUCUUUUCACAGUAAUAUAUGCCGUUUUUGUUUUUUGUAACUUCACUUGGUUAUUUUAUUGUAAAUGAUAAAAUCUUAAUUUAAGAGAUUGUAUGUAAUAUUUAUUUCAUUAAUUUUUUUUCCUUGUUUACGAAAUGAACGAUUGCAUGGUUUCUAUGUGCCAGAAAUCAGUUCUUGAUGCUGUGGAACUAGUUAGGAUCGACGAUGGCAGGCUUUUUUUAAGAAUGUAAGGUUAACUGGGGAUGUUAGACCGUCCAAAGUCAGUGGUUAUAACUUUCUAAGUAUCAGACUUCAAAUGUGGCAUUCUUAAGUCAAAGUGGCAUCAAGUUUUUGUUGUAUAAAUGACACUGUGAUUUUUCUUUUUGUUUCCCUUUUUAUUAAAAAAACAAAUAAAGAGCCAAAAUAUGUAGCACCCUGGACCUAGUAUUAUAUUGACAGUGCCUUCAGGGUCCAGUUACAGAGACAGUUUUUUUUCCUUAACCAAAAUAACAAGUUUCAGAACAAAUGUGCAUUCCCUAUUUUUAAAAAAAAUAUUUUUUUACAAUAGGGGGGUGUCUGUUCUCUGAAUGUAAUAGUUUUGAAAGUGAACUUUGUUUAAAAGCAAGCUUUCUUCCCAGAAGCAAGGGGGGGAAUGAGUGAGAGACAUUGCCACCACUUUGAUUAGUGAGGGGCCACCUCUUGGUCUGAACAGUUUUUGAAGUAAAUCUGAAAUGGCUGGAGAGUGGAACUCUGCUUUUGAUUUUUUUUCCCCUGGGAUUUGCUAUUAAAACAAAAAAGGAGAAAAAAACUUUCAUUUUCCAAGACAGUGGGUGAAUGAUAGUAGGUUUAGUUUGUACAUAGUAGGUACAGAUUAUGAGCACUAUGUACUCUCUUUUGACUACUUUAACAGAAGUAUCCUUUGAAUGUAACAAAAGGAAAAAAAAACUUGUUUAAAAAAUACUUGGUGUCAGUUCACUACAGAUUAUAGUGUGAGACUGUAAAAAUUUGUACUGUAAAUUUUUUGUAGUUCUCCCAAUAAAAUCAUUUUUGAAGAAAGAU